AACAUCUCGGCGUAACUGCAUUGAACAAGUUAUUUCAAGAACUUUCACAAAAAAUCAAAUAUUUCUUACGUUAUCGUAAAAUAAAGACUAGAUUCUACGUGUGCUGCAUUUUUAAAACAAGAUUUACAUCUAGAUCUAGUCUAUAUCUACACUACAAAAUACGACAAACAACAAUUUAGCUAUUUUGAUCGACAAUUUAAUAACACGAUAUUUACAGUAUCGAUUACGUUGCCGCUGCCGUUUGCGUGCUUCAGAUCUCAGCAGACGACAACAGACAACAAUAUUAAAUUAAAUGUGUAUGAAGGAGAAACAUAUGGACAGUGGAAUCACCCAUCAAUAGGGCUACAAAGACAUAAUUUUGUUAUUCAAAGGAUAGAAACAUAUAGACAGUGGAAUCACCCAUUAAUAGGGCUAUGAAGACAUAAUUUUGUUAUUCAAAAGAUCCAAUUUGAGGUAAAGUUGUCAGAGAUGGAAAAUACAGGUGGGAAGAAAAGAGAAAAUCAGUUGGCAGAGAAAGGUCUAACACAUAGACAAGAUGAGAAAACACAGUUGGAAGAAAGACAAGAUGAGACAACACAGUUUGAAGAAAAAAAAACUGAAGGAGAUUUUAUCCCAGGACAUCAUGAAGCCGAGAUCUGCUAUGGAGGUGAAGCUGACUUACACAAGCACUAUACCGGCUGUAAGAAGAAUCCAGGUCAUGUCAACUUUAUACCUGUUAAUGAUUUUAACUUGGAUCAUCUCCCCUCACGUUACCGUGACGUCAUCAUGUUGGAGGUAAUCAAAGCUUUGUCUGCCCUAACGGUCCUGAUAAAGGUCAAGUACACCAGUCUAGAGAGACCAAAGUCUGUUCCAUGCUUCAGUGGUCAGUAUCCAUUUUAUAACACCAGAGGAAGUGACGUGUUGAGGACAGGGACGGGGAGGGUGUGGUGUGUGUACAAGUACACAGAGAGUGACAACAUGGGCACUUGUCCAUGUGGCAAGUGUCAACACUCGGACACACCCAGCAAAGUGUGGGGGGAGGUUAGUGUGGUGACAGCCACACACGUGGUGUUUGAUGAGAGUGAGGCGAGACAGACCAGGUGUGUUGUAGGUUUUGAUGACAAUAAAAGUCCAGUGGUCAGUCUUGAUGGCUGGAGGGUGAGGGCGUCAAACAUUGAGGGAGACUGGUGUUGGUUUACAUGUGUGUCAUGUGACUUAGAGUUGGUUGAUGAACUGGACAAGAUGUGUCGGCACUUUGAUGGUCUAUGUAAGAAAGUAGAGGACAAAUACAGGAGAUUUGUUGAUGUGGACAAGUUGGCCGUUAUAGUGUCACAUCCUCAUGGCUGUCCUAAACAGGUCUCUGUAGGACAAUGGACACACAAACGUGAGAGGGAAAGUUGGUACAAGUACACGUACACAACAUGUACAUGUCCUGGCUCCAGUGGAGCACAUGUCUACUUGCCGGAAUAUGUCAGGUGGUGGUUACAUCCCCACAGUGGAUCAAACUCUGAAGGAAAUUAUAGUGGGGAGGGUGGGUGGUGAUCUAUCUGUAACUGUUGAUUCUCUCCCCUUGUCUAAUGUAAACAAACAAAAUGGCGGCUCCCUUCAUUAAACUUGUGUGUGUCAGCAGCUUUGUAUCCUGGUGAAGACAAGAAAUAAAUUGUUUGGUUUCUUUCAC